UGUGUGAGUGACAUCAUAGCUGUCGCUGUGUACGCUCGCGCGUCAUCCGCAUCACUCGGCCGUGUAUUUAUCUAUCAAACUGCUGUAAAGAAACACACACCGCAUAUAAAUCCACAUUAAACUGUUUUUACACAACGCGCUGCAAUGGCCGACCCGAAGUAUGCCAACCUGCCGGGCAUCGCCUCCAACGAGCCUGACGUUUAUGAGACGAGUGAUCUUCCCGAGGAUGACCAGGCGCAGUUUGAGUCGGAGCUGGAGGAGCUGUGCAGCGACAGCGUGGAGCGGAUCGUCGUCAAUCCCAACGCCGCGUACGACAAGUUCAAGGACAAACACGUCAGCACCAAGGGUUUGGAUUUCUCGGACCGCAUCAGUAAGAAGAGCAGGGUGGGCUACGAGUCUGGAGAGUACGAGCUGUUAGCGGAAGGCUGUGGCGUGAAGGAAACUCCUCAGCAGAAGUACCAGCGGCUGGUGAACGAGAUCCACGAGCUCUGCCAGGAAGUGGAGCGCAUUCAGGUCACCACUAAAGAGAGCAGUGCUGAGGAGCGCUUGACUCCGGUGGCUUUGGCUCAGCAAGCGGCGCAGCUCAAACAGCAGCUGGUUUCUGCUCAUCUGGACUCUCUGCUCGGACCCAACGCCCACAUCAACCUCACCGACCCCGACGGAGCUCUUGCCAAGCGGUUGUUGACUCAGCUGGAAGUGGCGCGGGGCGUCAGGAGCGGUUCAGGAGGGGAGGGGAAGACGGGGCCACCCAAAGGCCCGGAUGGAGUGAUUCUCUACGAGCUUCACAGCCGACCAGAGCAAGAGAAGUUCACCGAAUCUGCCAAGGUCGCGGAGCUCGAGAGGCGAUUGGCUGAGCUGGAGAUGUCGAUCGGCUCCGGCUCGGAUAAACAGGGUCCACUCAGUGCAGGGGUCCAGGGAGCCAGUCUGACGGACACUAUCGAGCUUCUGCAGGCUCGUGUCAGUGCGCUGGAUGCCGCCACACUGGACCAGGUGGAAGCCCGACUACAGAGUGUUCUGGGGAAGAUGAAUGAAAUUGCCAAACACAAGGCGGCCAUCGAGGAUGCCGAGACCCAGAAUAAGGUGUCUCAGCUGUAUGAUGUGGUUCAGAAGUGGGAUGUGAUGGCCACGUCCCUCCCGCAGGUCGUGCAGAGACUGACGGCUGUCAAAGAACUGCAUGAACAGGCGAUGCAGUUUGGCCAGCUGUUGACCCAUCUGGACACGACACAGCAGAUGAUCAACAACUCUCUGAAGGACAACACCACUCUCCUGACGCAGGUCCAGCAAACCAUGAAGGAGAACCUGGUGUCGGUGGAGGAGAACUUCUCCGCACUGGACCAGAGGAUGAAGAAACUCUCCAAAUGAAAGCGUGAGGAGAGGCCGUUUGACGUUCCUCACUUUAGAAUCCAGCUCUUUGUUUCUCAUGUCGCCAUUUUGUUUUUACGCAAAGUUUCACACUACAAACGUCCCGAAGCUUCUCUUUUCCUCCUGAGACGCUUUAUCUGUCAGAUAUUGUAAGUCAUGCACACACACACACACACACACCUAAAGUCUCGAACCUGUGUGUGAGAGGAUGUGAAGCGCUUCUCCAUCAUGAUCGACGUGGACUUUGUUUGGGACGUGAGCAGAUGCUGUGUGUAAAUACAGGCUUAUAUGUACUUUAACUUGUUCUCAUGAGAGAUCGCUUGUAACCGUUGUCAUAUUAAUGUGUGGAACACAGUCCACAAAUGAUGAUAAUUUUCCAAUAUAGAAUUUCAAAGGCAUCUCUGGAUAAUAAAAUGCUUCCAGAAAAACAUGUCA